ACUCACGUGUUUAGACCCGGUAGUGUAGAGAACACGCUGCUGACGGAGAUCACACGGAGCGGCUCUCUCUCAGUCCGGAUCAGUCCGGGCGCGGUUCAGAUUCUGGUUUUGGUAAACCAAUAUAGCGUGACGUCAUGUCGGUGGUCGAGUGUGUACCUGGACAGUUUGAUGACGCAGAGGAGGACAGCAGCCAAUCAGAGGUGUCGGCUGUCCUGAGUCAGAUCAGUGAUGUCACUCUGCAGCCUUCAUCACACCAGGAGGAGGAGGAGGAGGAGGAGGAUGAUGAUGAUGAUGAUGAUGAUGAAGAUGAAGAGGAGUGGGCAUGGUGUUCAGCAGGAGGAGAUCUGACCAAGAGAUACAACAGGACGACUUUCAACUGUCAGUCCAACAGACAGAAUCCGACCAAUAAGACGCUGCCAUCGUCGACUCCAUCUGAUAAAGCUCUGAGGAAAUACGAACACAAGAUCAACCUGGAUAAACUGAAUUACGCCGACUCGGUGAUCAAUAAAGUCACGACGAUGCAGAAACAGAAAGACGCUGACACGUACAGAGUGAAGGACAAAUCAGAUCGAGCCACAGUCGAACAGGUUUUAGAUCCUCGGACUCGAAUGAUUCUGUUUAAAAUGCUGAGUCGAGGAGUGAUCAGUGAAAUCAACGGCUGCAUCAGCACUGGGAAGGAGGCGAAUGUAUAUCACGCCAGCACGUCAGCAGGAGAGAGCAGAGCCAUCAAGAUCUACAAGACCUCGAUCCUGCUGUUCAAAGACCGAGACAAAUAUGUCAGUGGAGAGUUCAGGUUCCGUCAUGGUUACUGUAAAGGAAACCCCAGGAAGAUGGUGAGAACUUGGGCAGAGAAGGAGAUGAGGAACCUCAUCAGGCUGCAGACGGCAGGAAUCCCAAGUCCAGACCCUCUGCUACUCCGGAGUCACGUUCUACUGAUGAGCUUCAUCGGAAAAGACAACAUGCCGGCUCCUCUGCUGAAGAACGCCUCGUUGUCAGAGUCGAAGGCUCGUGAACUCUACCUGCAGGUUCUACAGAACAUGAGGAAAAUGUUUCAGGACGCUCGACUCGUCCACGCCGACCUCAGCGAGUUCAACAUGCUGUAUCAUAAUGGAGAUGCUUACAUCAUCGACGUGUCACAGUCGGUGGAGCACGAUCAUCCUCAUGCUCUCGAGUUCCUCAGGAAAGACUGCAGCAACGUCAACGAGUUCUUUGUGAAACACGGUGUUGCAGUGAUGACAGUCAGAGAGCUGUUUGACUUCAUCACAGACCCGUCAAUCACCUGCCACAACAUCGAUCAAUACCUGGAGAAGGCGAUGGUGAUCGCAGCUGAGCGGACGUCAGAGCAGCGAUCAGAUCAGGACCGAGUGGACGAGGAGGUGUUUAAAAAGGCCUACAUCCCCCGAACUCUGACGGAAGUGAGUCACUAUGAGCGAGAUAUUGACCUGAUGAGGACGAAAGAGGAAGAGUCGGCGAUCUCUGGACAUGAGGACAACAUUCUGUAUCAGACACUGAUCGGACUGAAGAGAGAUCUGUCAGGAGUUCAGACGGUUCCUGCUCUCCUGGAGGAUGAGAGCUCGUCGGAGGAGGAGGAGGAGGAGGACGACGACGACGACAACGACACAGGUCAGCAGGAGCAGAGCGAGGAGACCCCGAUGGACAGAAAGGAAAAGAAGAAGAUGGUGAAAGAAGCUCAGAGAGAAAAAAGAAAGAGUAAAGUACCAAAGCACGUGAAGAAGAGGAAGGAGAAGGUGGCCAAGAUGAAGAAAGGCAGAUGACUUCCUGUUUGUCAGCAUGGACUUCCUGUGUCGUGACUAUAUUGAUCCCCCAGAAACAUCAGCCAUCAUCCAGCAGCCAAUCACAGCUCAGAUCUGCCUCAUCAAUAUCCACUUAGACCAGUUUUCCUGCAGUUUAAGGACCAAGAGAUGUGGUUGAAAGCUCCAGGAGAAGCUUCAGCAGCUGCGUCUGAUUGGUUUAAACCGGUGACAUCAUCACGAUUAAUAAACGUUUUAAUCCAA